CUUUCCUCCUCUCCUUUCUCCUUUCUUCUUCCCCUCUCCUCUCCCCUUCUCCUCUUGGGAGAUAUAGAGGCUGAUCUCCUCCACGCCCUGGGAACUAGCGGCUUGCCCCCGAUCUCCACCUCGUCCCCUACAAACGGUCCUUCUCGAGCCGCUCCAGCGUGGCCCCUUCGAGCCCCGGGUUCCGUGCCUCGCUACUCCACUUCCCCACGCAUCCGCCGGGCCCAUGGGCGCGGCGCGUGUUUGUUUACCGGCUCCAUGGAGCCAAGCGGGGGCGCGCCUUCCGCAGCGCUGGGGAACUGGGUGACGGCGCCCCCUCAGCCGCUGCCGGCUUGUUUUGCCAACGAAAGGCCGGUCGCCGCAGCAACCAGCUGGCAAGAGGCUGCCUGGGCCAAUAGGGCAGAAGGCAAGGGAUCUGAUGUGGCCGCCCAGCUUCCUUGGGCUGGAGGCUGAGCGCUCCUGCGAGCGGUUGUGCCGACCCUCCUCCCGCUCUACGCCGGGGCAGCUUCUCUUUUGCCUUCGGGUCCUUUGGGCCAUGAGCGGGGAGGGCGCGUCCUGAUGCUGGGGCCGGACCAAGCUCGCUUCCCCCACGCACGGAAGGAGCUGGCUUCUUCGGACAGUUGCAGCUUCUUCUGGGGCAUCCUGGGAGAUAACGAUCCCAGCCCCACCCAGUCGCAUCCUUUGGGGAAAGGCACAGCUGGGCCUUGCUUAGGAUUGCUCGCAAUGGCCCCGUUUGGUCACUCGCAAUAACAGAGUCUCACAUUGUUCGCGAAAGACGAUCCGAAUUGAAGGCCCAGAAGUGAAAGUCUUGUUUCGCCUGUGAAAAGGGAGGCCACAGCCAAUGGGGUGGUUGGAAGGACCAUGUCAAAGCCACCUCCAUGCCGGUGAUGUAGGAGAGAAGGAAACGUCCUUUUCUGUGUCCCAAACACAGUUCUGGUGAACCAACCUUCAGAUGAAGCUGGGCUUGGUGGACGCUCCGCGAGGCUCACUCUUCCACACCCUGGCUUUUUCCUUCAGGACUGCCCGACAGCAAUCCUGACAAGUGCACUAGGGGUGCCUGGCACCAGGAUCUGGGACCGGCCAGGAGACUCAUGGCUGAAGGCCAUUGCGGCCUGGCAUUCUUGAGCUAAUGGGACGGGUCAGUCCUACCCAAGGAAGGUGCAGAAGGUGCUACCCGAGGAAGGUGCUUAACCUGGUCUCAAGGAUGCGGGGGAGGCGAUGCUGAGGAAGGGUCUGCCAUCCCUUCACCCACCUCUGCCAAUCUUCUCAGAUGGGAACAGAGCUCUGCAAAGCCUCACUUUGCGCCAAGACAGGGAAUUUGCCAGAGAACGGCUUCCCAGGGACAGUUUCCAAACCGCAAGGCGGGCGGAAUGCAGGGGCCUGUUAUGUAACCUCUUGAAACGGGACGUGGUCGGGGAGACAAGCCAAGGCUGCAAGCUUGGACCUUGCAGGGUGCUCCACACUCCGCCGCCCCCCCCCCCCCGCCUCCGGAGUCUUCUUACAUAACAGCGUGGAACCAAGAACAUUUUUCUGUGUUGUCGUCAAUUUGUUUUGUACUGGGCCGAGGCACAACCCUCCUCCCUCCCGCCUUCCACUUCCCCUAUUUCUGCUUUCCUUGACGUCAGCGCGGGGGUCCCGCCUCUCUGUGCUCCCUGUAGCCUUGGGGAACCCUGAAAGUACCAGAGCUGGAGGAAGUGGCGGAGCACGGAAGAAGGGGCAGCCCGAGGCAGGCUGGGGGGGGGCUAUUGCCUGCACCUGAGCACUUAAACGCACGGCACCCCUGGUGCAGAAAGAGGGCUCGGGCCUCUGGAUGAGGAGGGAGGGAGGGGGGCCUUGCAGUGUAGCCUCUCAGACCGGCGUUCCGACCUUUCCAGGAUGGGAAAAUCAAAACCAAGGUUACUUUUUAACCCGGUCCAUGUGUCCAGUGAGGUCAAUAGCUCCCUUGAGGUACUGCCAAAGCUGCAGCCUUCCACUUGGGAGAGAAAUGGGUCUGGGGGAAAAGCACCUGCUUCUGGACCACCGUCUCUUUCCAGGGGUCUGUCUCAUGACUGAACCCCUUUCUGGAGGCAGAGCCAACAGUAGAAGUUGUCUCCCCUUUACCCAAUCACUUCCAGAGGUGCCUUUGCUGUGCAUCAACUUCCCCUUUGCAGCUCUACUGUAACCUCAGAGCGGGGUGUGUGUGUGUCUUGUGAUGUGUGUGUGUCCCUGAGCCUUAAGGCACCCCUAAAUCUCCUGCAGCCCUGGACGUGGCACACAAGGCUUCAGCUGCAUUUCAGAAAGUGCCCAUGGGGGUGAAAGGUCAAGGGGCCCGAGGUCCGUCAAUGAGAGUCUAGAGCUGCCCUUCUGCCCCUCCCCCCCAGAGGAGGCGGAGCUCUUCUUCUGCCCACUUACACACCGCCAUUGGGGGGGGGGGGAGAUGCUGACAAAUGUGCAGUCUUGCCCGCUUGCAUCCCGGAGAGUGCUGGGUUUGAGAAGCAACCGGUUAUCAAAACAGCCACCAUUCAUAAUUUGCUGUGAGGUUCUGAGACCCACCUAUAAGGAGCACCGUGUGCCCACCGGACACUUCGGGCAGGUUACUAAAAUGAGUUCAGUCCCCGACUGCCACAACAGCUCACCCCCAAAGACCCUUCCCCAUGUAUACAGGGCUUGACAUGACCAGCACGCCCCCCCCCCCUCAUCCACCAGAGGCCGCAUGCAGAGGGAGGAGCCUUUUCUGAACGUUUCUCACUUCCUGGGUUUGCGUAUUGCAGUCUUUGGAGUCCUCCUGCCGGCCGGCCUGGGAGUGAACAGAAUGCACCCAGGCUCCUUGGCGGGACCGACACACACACACACACACACACACCAGGGAGCAUCUGGAAACCCUCCUCCUGGGCUGCCGCCUGGUUUGCAGGGAUUCCCUCAUACGGCAAGCGGGUAGCAGCGUCGUCCCCUGGCAGAAGGCCUCCAGCUCCCGGACUCCGAGCAUGAAGCCAGGGGUGGGGAAGACAGGCAGCUGCAUGACUCUCUGGGGAGCAGUGGGUCAGCUCCGGUCACUUGGGUGGGUAGUCCCAGUCUGACCCUCCUGCCUGAGGCCUUCCCCACCAACCAGCAGAGUGGCCACUAGCAGGUGACAAUGGUGGCCCAAAACUGGCUGUCGCCAUUGGGAAGAGCACCUCUCUGGGUUUUGUUCCUGGCCACUGGCUGACCAAGCCAAGGACAGGGUUUGGGGUGCCCAACUUUGACAAUGGGGAAAGAAGGGGGCCACAGAAAGCACCUUCUUGAUACUUGUGACCCCCAAACCUGCUGCUUCCACCCUGGGUGGCUGGCAUCCCUCUCCUGCACAUCAGAAGAGGAUUCACUUGGCAGCUACAGAGAAAGGUGGGGAGGGUCCUCUUUUAGUCCCCUCCCUGGCCUUGCCGCUGAACCAGCUGAGGGGGGGGGAGGAGUGUGGCGGUGUCAUAGUCAUUCUUAUGAUGCAGGCUACCCUGGCACCCUGGCCUGACUUCAGCCAUGCCCUGGAAGCCAAGGCCAGGCUGGUGGCUGAGUAUCCCCUGCUCCUGGCCCGCUCGUCCUCCGGCCAUGGGUAAAGGGAGGGGUCGGCCCGGGGGUCACGGGCAGAGGGGCCUCGGUGGGGCAGCAUGGAACAGUACGAGCCCAUCCUCAGCAUCGGCCAGGGCUCCAGCGCCGAGGUCUUCUUGAUGAGGAACGCCAGCACGAAGAAGCUCUUUGCCGUCAAGAAGGUCAAGACGGUUCCCGGGAAGCGGCUGCGCAGCAAGGAGGCCAUCCUGCAGGAAGUGGCCAUCUUGCGGCAGCUGCAGCACCCCCAUGUGGUGGCCUGCCAUGGCCACUUCCUGGACACCGAGGAGGCGCAUGUUUUCAUCGUGCAAGAGUACUGCGACGGGGGCUCCCUCGACCAGCAUAUCCAGAAAGGGGGUCCCUUUCCCGAGAGCGUCAUCAUGCGGUGGUUUGUGCAGCUGGCCCUGGCGGUGCAGUACAUCCACACCCUGAGGAUCUUGCACAGGGACAUCAAAGCCUCCAACGUCUUCCUCACCCAGACCUGCAUCCUCAAACUGGGGGAUUUCGGCAUCUCCAGGGUGAUGGACGGCACCCUGGAACUAGCCAGCACCUUUGUGGGCACGCCCUAUUACCUCAGCCCCGAGCUCUGCCGGGACCUUCCCUACAGUUCCAAGGCAGACGUCUGGGCCCUGGGCUGUGUCCUCUUUGAGAUGUGUGCCCUGCAGCCCCCCUUCCAGGCCUUCAGCAUGAUCAGCCUGUUCCAUAAGAUAGUGAACUCCAGCCCCAGCCCCGUCCCGCCCAGCUACCCGGCCCCCCUGCACAGCCUCAUCCAGAGCAUCCUGCAGAAGGACCCCACAGUCCGGCCCAGUGCCAGCACCAUCCUCACCUUCCCCUACGUCCAGCAGCACCUCAGCCUUUACUUCCUCAACCGGGAGCCUCGGCUCCCCCGCCAGCUGCCGCCAGAAGCCCCUCCCGAAGGAGAGGGGGCUAAGCCCAGUCUGCUCAAGGCCGCCCCAGAGGGCUCCCUGGCCCCCUUGAGUGGUGCAGCCGAGGCGCCCGGCUCUACCUGGCGCCCCUCCCUGCAGCGCGCCUGGACCCUUGCAGACAGCCCGAGUGUCUAUAGCAGCGCUUCGCAAUACUCGGCCGACUUUGAGGACACAAGCACUUCUUCCAUCGGCAGCAGCUCAGAUGCAGAUUUCCCCGUCAACACCGAGGCAACCGAAACCUGUAAGCCUACUUCGCCAGACACAAAGGCUCCGGCCUUAUAAGGGUGCUGAAAGACUGUUCCCAGAUCCCUUUGCCACCCUAGAAGAGCACGGCUUGCCUGCCUAGUUUGCAGUAAAGCGUGCCCGCGUGCCCACUGUUGCUAAGUUUAUUGCAACAGUGAACCUGAAAUGCCAGCAUCCGUGGGAGAACCUAUAAAACAUACGGUGAAUUUAGUGCAGGCUAGAAAGUCCCUCUACCCCAACAGCCAGUUUCUCAAUAACGUGGGAGGCCAAAGGUGGCAGUUUGGCAUCCUUGAGAAGGCGUUGCCCACAGAUGAUGCCAGUCUCCUUCUCACCUCCUGCCCUCCCCCUCGAUGCUUGCCCCUCUGCAAGCAGGAGCAUGUGGAGCCUCCCUCCCCUUACUGAACCAGGUCUCCCCGUGCAGCAGGGGGCUGGAUCAGGCUUCAGGAAGCCAUUGGCACCCUUCUUACUUUGCUCUUUGAAUCCUGCUCAAAGCCAAAGCCUUUCUUAAAGCGCGCCAGACUCUGGGCUGGAAAAGGCUCCAGAGAACGAAGGGCCUUUCCCAGCCCAGAACAACCCACUUCCUUUUCCUC